GGCGGAAGCAGCCGGGUGGCGGGAGAACCCGUUACGGGAACCGGAGCUGUGGAUUAAUCCUGAUCAAGAUGACAACCUCCCAAAAGCACCGAGACUUCGUGGCAGAGCCCAUGGGGGAAAAGCCAGUGGGAAGCCUGGCCGGGAUUGGCGAAGUCCUGGGCAAGAAGCUGGAGGAAAGGGGCUUUGACAAGGCCUAUGUGGUCCUUGGUCAGUUUCUGGUGCUAAAGAAAGAUGAAGAUCUUUUCCGGGAAUGGCUGAAGGACACAUGCGGUGCGAACGCCAAGCAGUCCCGGGACUGCUUCGGGUGCCUUCGAGAGUGGUGCGACGCGUUCUUGUGAUGCUCUCUGGGGAGCCCCCGACCCCGAGCCCCAGCACUGAGUCUCCAGAGUUUGCAGCCAAGUGAGGACUCCUCCCCCGUCCUCUACAAAGGAAAAGAUUGCAGUUGUCAUGCGCACGUCCCAUGUACUCCAGGGUCUUUUGGGAGUUCUCUCCCCUCACCAUUUCAACUUUUUUGGAAUUCUUAUCCUUGCAUGCAUCCCCCUUCUCCUUUCCCUGCCAGUUUCGUGACAGCAGUUACCAGCUUUUCUGAGUGAUUCCUGGCCCUGUCCCUGCCCCCCCUGCUCCCACCUCUGGUCUGUUUUAUGCCGUUUGGCCCUCUUUCUGGCAGAACAGUCACUGUCCUUGUAAAGUUUUUUAAAUCAAUAAAGUCAGUGGCCUUCAUGA